AUGUCCUCCUAUAAUAAAACGUCCUUGGGAGCAAACAAGAAGAUUACCAUCCAUCCUGGAGAAGAUAAAAACGCUUAUUAUAUGUUUAUUGUAGAAGUUUCGAUGUGGUGGCUCAUGAACCUAGUUGGACAAACUGGUCGUUUCAUGGAGAUUUUGUGA